AUGUUCAUGGUCUCCAAACCUUCAUUCGGUACCGGAUGCUUCGCCGCCGCCUCCAGCUGUCAGAGCGAGUACAACGGAAAGGCUGAAAGUGAUGCCGUCGGAAAACAGAAGACGUCCAUUGCCGGACUCAAAGGAUCUCUCCGUCGCAACUCAUCGAAUCUCUCACAAGAUCUCUCAUCCAGUGCUCAGACGGAAAUUUGCCACGCUGAUGCCACUAAUAUCGAAAUCAACUGCUCCUCAUCUUCCUCUCGUGCAUUCUACGUCCGCGUCGAGGUGCCAACCGGCGAGCAAGGCCUCAUCCAUUUCUCAUCGUCAGAAUCUUCACAAGUGUUCACUCCACUUCAGUCAGGAUGUGGACACGGAAUCUGGAAGUUCGUCGUGUGCACAAUGGAAAAUGGAAGUGAAAUCGCACACUCCCAAUACUCCCGCAAUCUUGACGGCGUCGGAAGUCUCUUCUUCAACGUCUUCGAGGAUUUGGAAAUCCGUCUGACCCAGCAAGAGUUCCUCCACAUCAGCCAUUGUCAUACCAUUCGUCAUUAA